AUGGCACUUCAGCUUCUCUCCUUGGCCCUGGUGGCCCUUCCAGCGAUUGCCGCCCCGGUUGGCACAGCUGCUCAGUACGGCCAGUGCGGCGGUCAAGGCUGGACUGGCGCCACUUCGUGCCCAUCUGGCUACUACUGCUACGCCCAGAACUCGUACUACUCUCAGUGCGUACCAGGCAGCGCCUCUACAACGGCAGCACCCCCCAGCUCCACCAAGGCGACAACGGUACCUGCCAGCUCCACCAAGGUGACCUCAGUGGUGUCCUCUACCAAGGUCUCGACUCCGGUCAGCACGACCAAGGUCUCCACCCCAGUCAGCAGUGCUCCAGCCACCACCGUCGCAGCUGGCUCUGGCAACCCAUUCGCCGGCAAGCAACAAUAUGUGAACUCAUUCUACGCUUCCGAGGUCAACACCUUGGCCAUCCCAUCGCUGCCAGCCAGCCUUGUGCCAGCUGCUUCUCAAGUUGCCAAGGUUCCCAGCUUCUUCUGGAUGGACACCCACAGCAAGGUUCCAAUCAUGGGCACCAUGCUCGACGACAUUGCGGCGAAGAACGCCGCCGGUGCCAGCCCACCAAACAUCGGUAUCUUCGUCGUCUACGAUUUGCCUGACCGUGACUGCGCUGCCUACUCCUCCAACGGCGAGUACUCGAUUGCCAACGGCGGUGUUGCAAACUACAAGAGCUACAUUGACGACAUCGUCGCUCAGCUUAAGAACCACUCCAGCACCGAUGUCGUCCUGGUCAUUGAGCCCGACAGUCUUGGAAACUUGAUCACCAACUUGAAUGUCGCCAAGUGCUCCAACGCCCAGUCGGCAUACCUUGAGUGCUACAACUACGCUCUCACUCACCUCAAUCUACCAAAUGUUGCCAUGUACAUUGAUGCCGGUCACGCCGGCUGGCUCGGCUGGUCCGCCAACAUUGGCCCAGCUGCUCAGCUCUUUGGCUCCAUUUACAAGAACGCCGGCUCUCCCGCCGCCGUGCGUGGCCUUGCAACCAAUGUAGCCAACUACAACGCCUUCUCUAUCGCCACCUGCCCCUCUUACACCCAGGGUGACUCCAACUGCGACGAGCAGAAGUACGUCAACGCUCUUGCACCUCUCCUAACCCAGGCUGGCUUCCCAGCCCACUUCAUCAUGGACACUAGCCGUAACGGUGUCCAGCCAACCUCUCAGCAGGCAUGGGGCGAUUGGUGCAACGUGAAAGGAACUGGUUUUGGUAUCCGUCCAACCACCAGCACUGGUGAUGCUCUCGAGGAUGCCUUUGUCUGGGUCAAGCCUGGUGCUGAGUCGGAUGGCACCAGCGACUCAUCCGCUGCCCGCUACGACUCCCACUGCGGUCUCUCCGAUGCCCUUCAGCCAGCUCCUCAGGCCGGCCAGUGGUUCCAGGCUUACUUUGUGCAGCUUCUCACGAACGCCAACCCAUCUUUCACCUAG